UUGAUUUUAUUAUGUACAACAAUGACGUCAUCAUCUUGGCAAUAUUUGACACGACUCUAAUGUUUGCUUUUGUAACUAAUCAAGACCCUAAUUUUAUCAUUGAUAAUAGAUGCAGUAAUAAGCGAUAACAAGUGUUUACAUUUACAUUACAAUUCUUGUUUCUUCAUUUGCGCUUCAUUGAUAUUCGCACAAAAUGAAACGUCUAAAAUUACACACCUGUUUACAAGACAACAAAGAUGAUGACUCAUCGUGACAAUAUUAAGUCACAUAACAUAACAACCAUGUAAACUAAAAUAAGCCAAGCCAAACCCCUGAAAAAUUUUAGUUUCAGGUAUCGAAUUAAUCGUACGAUUAAAAUUAAUCUGUUUACAAUGCUACAACUGAUAAGUUUUUGUUGUCUUUAACUUUUUGUUCUAGGAACGGGCUACCGAUAAGACAUGGGUGCACUGUUUUCGUUUUUCUGCAGGUAACCGUCGCAGAAUAGCCCGCCGCAAAAAGAAGACAGUGAUUUCAUUCCCGACGAACCUUCGUUGACGACUUUGGACGACAUGUUUGGCUGGGGGAGCACCAUACACGGGGAACUGGGAUUUGGGGGAAUCGAGGAGGAACACAUUUUCACACCGAAAUCGCUCGACUGGUUGGAAGCAAAAUCUGUGAUCAAAGCUGCCUUAGGCGACAAUCACACGCUGUUCUUGACCAAAGACGGGAAAGUUUACUCCUGCGGGAACAACGACUAUGGGCAGCUGGGGCACGAUCAGCCCAGAAAACGGCCACGUAUGUCAUUGUUUAAAUUGGUGACCGGAUUAGAGGCCCACCCGAUAAUCAGUGUGGCUUGUGGUGCUAUGCACUCCAUGGCCCUUAAUCGUUGGGGACAAGUUUUUUCCUGGGGCGCGGACAACUACGGACAGUUAGGACACCAACUGGGUGCUACUUUACAACCAGCACCAAAACUAAUAAAAUCUCUAGCCAAGUACCACGUAAUCCAAAUAGCGGCAGGUCAGAGGCAUUCCGUGGCCUUAUCAACUGGUGGAGAAAUUUUAACGUGGGGAGCAAACGACUUCGGACAACUGGGUAUAGGAACAGUAACACAAUAUGAAUCAACACCAACAGAAGUCAUAUCUUUGUAUGGCAUUCCAGUAGCUUUAAUAGCUUGCGGAUCCAACCACACGUUCUCCGUAUCGAAAUCGGGCGCCAUCUUCGGAUGGGGCAAAAACAUCCACGGUCAGUUGGGCUUAAACGACACAAGUUCUAAAAAAUUCCCCACGCAGCUACGCACCCUCAGGAACAGCCGAGUCCGCUACAUCUGCUGCGGCGACGAAUUCUCCACCUUCCUGACGCUAGAUGGGGGCGUGUUCUCGUGCGGCGCCGGAAUGUACGGCCAAUUGGGCCACGCCAGCAACUCCAACGAAAUCCUCCCGCGCCAGGUCUUGGAGCUCAUGGGCUCCACUAUUACUCAAAUUUCGUGCGGCCGCCAACACUCACUCGCCUUCGUCCCGUCCCGCGGCCGCGUCUACAGCUACGGUCUGGGUGGCGCCGGCCAGUUGGGGCUCCGUAAACCCAGUAACGCCUCCACCCCCCAGGUGGUGCUAGGGCCGUGGGUUUCCCCCAGUGGGGUUCCCGUGGUUCCGAACGCCGCAGCCCCCAAUACUGUGAUUCGGCGGAUUUUCGCCGGCGGCGAUCACUGCUUCGUUUCGGUCACGGACAAGAAGCAGAAUAUCGCCCCGGUGGAUUUUCGCACGUAUGAGCCCGAGAGCCAGAUUUCGAUUUUGAAUUCGGCGAAGUUGGAGCCGUGUGUGCGGAUUGGGGUGAACGGGCAGGUGGAUCAGGAUAUUUUGUCGUAUUUGGAGGUGGUUUUUAAGAGUCUGGCGUGUUUGAAUGGGUCGUUUUUGAUUAAGGGGGAUGCGCACUAUUAUUGCACGAGUAAGCACCAUGGGGUGGAUAUGGUGGAUGCGGAGAGGGCGUUCUCGUUGAUUGCGAAGAUGGAGAAUGAUACCAUCAAGGAACUGAUAUGGAAUGCCAUAGUAGACGACAUUUUAAACAAAUUAUCGCCUUCUCCGCCCGACGUGGAAACUUUGAGAAUUUACCUCGUCCUACCUCUAUACCACGAAUUUUACAACCCCAAACAGUACAUAAAGCUCCACAAACCGUUCACCAGUGCACUCCUGAAGCUCGGUCCUCAAGCCAGUAAAGUAAUAGGAAUGUGGUGGACGAUGAUGAGUUGUGAUUACUUCGAGAAACUGAUACGAAUUUUUAAGUCUGUCGUUAGCUUUAUCCUAAGAAAUCAAAAAAUUCCAGAGAACAAAACCGUAUUUUACGAUUCUAGUCUUGUAGCGAUGUUAGAUACCUUAACAUAUUUAAAUAAACUUAACCAUAGCGUAGAGGGUUUAAAAGUUCCAUACGACACGUUCCACAUAUCAGACUUAAGUGAUUACUUAGAUGUCCGAGUCGACUACGUCAUGUGGCUGACCGACCAGAAUACAGGGAAACUCUUCCUCUGCAACUACCCGUUCAUUUUCGACGCCCAAGCCAAGACGUUGCUUCUAGAGACUGACCAAGGAAUACAAAUGCAAAAAGCAAUGCAAGUCGCCGCUCAACAGGCCUUCUUCUCGCUGCUUUUCAGACCGUCGGCCAUUCAAAGUAUUAACCAAUUUUUAGUUUUAAACAUCACGAGAGACCAAAUAGUGAACGACGCACUCAGAGAACUGAGCAACAUCGACGCCGACGACCUGAAAAAGCCGCUGAAGGUGAAGUUCUGUGGCGAAGAAGCUGAGGACGCCGGUGGAGUCCGGAAGGAGUUUUUCAUGUUGUUGUUGAAGGAGAUUCUGGACCCUAAGUACGGGAUGUUUAAGGAGUACGAGGAGACGAGGGCGCUGUGGUUCUCGGAGACGUCGUUCGAGGAAGAGCCUGUUUAUUUUUUGAUAGGGAUUAUUUGCGGGCUAGCCAUCUACAAUUUUACCAUCAUAGACUUACCUUUUCCUUUAGCUCUCUAUAAGAAGUUGUUGAAUGAGACUGUGGGGUUGGCAGACCUGAAGGGUUUGACGCCUGUGAUGGCCAACUCGCUGCAAGGCCUACUCGAUUAUAAGGAGACUGACAUGCAGUCCACUUUUGGGUUGUUCUUUGAGAUAAGUAGGGACGAUUUUGGGGAGAAUAAAACCAUCGAGUUGAAACCCAACGGGUCGAAGAUUCCGGUGACGCAAGAUAACAAAGAAGAAUACGUAAAUCUGUACAUAGAUUAUAUUUUUAAUACGUCUAUACACAAGCAAUAUACCGCUUACCACGAGGGUUUCAUGAAGGUGUGCGGUGGUAGAGUGCUGCAAUUAUUCCACUCCCACGAAUUAAUGGCGGUGGUGGUCGGUAACGAAAACUACGACUGGCACGCUCUGGAAGAAGUAGCCGAAUACAAAAACGGCUACACCUCCUCGGACAAAACGAUUCGGUGGUUUUGGGAAGUGAUACACGAGUUGCCUUUACCCGACAAAAAGAAAUUUUUAUUGUUUUUGACUGGAAGUGAUAGAAUUCCGAUUCAGGGGAUGAAAGCCAUUAAAAUUAUUAUACAGCCAACAAACGAUGACAAAUUCUUGCCGGUUGCUCAUACUUGUUUCAAUCUGUUGGAUCUGCCCAGGUACAAAACGAAAGAGAAACUCAAGUAUAAGUUAACGCAAGCGAUUCAACAGACGCAGGGAUUUUCGCUAGUGUGAUGCAUUGUUAAAUUAUGUUACUUAUUAUUUCAUAAAAGUUUUAUACUUUAUACUGAUUCCAUUUUUGUGUUAGAGUAUGUAUAUUAGGUACGUUUCAAACGUGCUUUUUAAAUUUUCGCAUUUAUACACCGUACUGCAAAACUCAAAAUUUAAUUUGUGGUCAAUAGGUGUAAGUGAUCUCGGGAUUCGAAGCCGGUGAGGUAUGGAGUGUAAUCGAAAGAACAAACUGACGCAAUCGAACCAUGUUGCUUGUCCUUUGUUGAUUUGUUAUACCUUAAAGUGUCAGCUUGUAUAUAUUUUGUAUGAAUAAAUCGAUUUAUUUUUA